GAGAGAGAGAAAAAAUGAAAGACGCAUUCUCUGUUUUGUGUCUUGUUCUUUUGGUUUCAGUUUUAGAAGUAGCAGUAGCGGAACCAAACUCUGCAAGCUUCAUCGAAUGCCUACACUAUCGAACUAGUCCGAAUAAUACAAUAACCGAUGCCAUCUUCACGCCCGAUAACACCACCACCUUCUUGCCUUCUUACGUGUCCUACACGAAAAACAAGAGGUACUAUAACCCUAACCAAAACCUACUAGCCAUCGUGGUGGCGGAACAUGUAUCUCAUGUUCAAGCCACAGUGGUCUGCGCAAAGACCAACGAUAUACAACUCCGUACACGAAGUGGCGGUCAUGACCUCGAAGGCCUUUCUUACAUAUCCUCUGUUCCAUUUGUCAUUCUUGAUAUGCACAAUCUUAGGUCAAUUACCGUUGACGUGUCAAGCAAGAAAGCUUGGGUUCAGUCUGGUGCGACCUUGGGAGAGCUCUACGUAAAGAUCAAAGACGCAAGCAAAAGGCUAGCGUUCCCAGCUGGCGUGUGUCCUACGGUAGGAGUAGGAGGACAUAUAAGCGGUGGAGGGUACGGUAAUCUCAUAAGAAAAUAUGGAAUCACGGUGGACCAUGUCGUUGAUGCUCUAUUAGUCGAUGUCAACGGCAAGCUAUUGAACCGAGCUACAAUGGGAGAAGAUCUCUUUUGGGCCAUUCGCGGUGGUGGUGGUGCGAGCUUCGGGGUUAUCCUCUCUUGGAAAAUCAACCUCGUUGAGGUUCCAAAGAUCAUGACCGUGUUUAGGGUUAACAAAACAUUGGAACAGGGAGGCACUGAUGUUCUCUACAAGUGGCAGCUUGUCUCUACCAAGUUCCCUGAAGAUCUUUUCAUGAGAGCAUGGCCUCAGGUCGUAAAUGGAACAAGAAUUGGCGAUAGAACCAUCGCGGUUGUGUUCUAUGCUCAGUUCUUUGGUCGAGCCGACAAGCUAAUGGCGUUACUAAACAAGAGGUUGCCUGAACUAGGGCUAAAACGUGAAGAUUGUCAUGAAAUGAGCUGGUUUGAAACGACGUUGUUUUGGGCUGAUUACCCUGAAGGUACACCACCAAGUGUUCUUCUAGAAAGACCUACGAAUCCAGGAUUCUUCAAAAGCAAAUCAGAUUACGUCAAGAAACCUAUACCUAAAGAAGGGUUCGAGAAGCUUUGGAAGAAUUUUUUUCAAUUCAAACACACCGUGUGGAUGCAAAUGAACGCUUACGGUGGAGUGAUGGACAGGAUUCCGUCCAACGCCACGGCGUAUCCUCAUCGGAAAGGAAACAUGUUCAAGGUUCAAUACUCUACGACGUGGUUGGACGCAAGUGAAACAGAGACUAGCCUGAGUUUGAUGAAGGAGCUAUAUGAGGUUGCGGAACCGUACGUCUCAAGUAACCCGAGAGAGGCGUUUUUUAAUUACAGAGACAUCGAUAUCGGAAGUAAUCCUAGUGGUGAGACAAGCGUGGAUGAAGCUAAGAUCUAUGGUACCAAAUAUUUCUUGGGGAAUUUGAAGAGGCUGAUGGAAGUUAAAGCUAAGUAUGAUCCUGAGAAUUUUUUUAAGAACGAGCAGAGUAUUCCUCCUGUUCGGUUCAUGUAGUAUAAAGUAAUUUUAAGCAUAUUGUUACUUUUCGA